AUGGCACCCUUGAAUAUGCUGAUGGUCGGCACCGGCGAGUAUACCACCGGCUUUGUGGCCGGCGGUGCUUCCGGGUCGGACAAGAAGGUGGGCGUCGUUGGUCUGAGCCUGUUUGAUCUGCGACGGCGAGGAAAGGUCGGCAACCUGUCGAUGGUGGGCGCAAGCGGAUCCAAGUUCCCGGCCAUCCGGGAACAUCUGCACAAGAACAUCGGCCAAGUGUACAACGGCCUCGACACGUCCUUUACGUCGUAUCCGGCGGACGGCGUGAGAGACACUGAGGCCUACAAGACGGCCAUUGACGCGCUGAAGCCUGGCGACGCCAUCACGGUCUUCACGCCCGACCCGACGCACUUCCCGAUUGCGCUGUACGCCAUCGAGCGGCGCAUCCAUGUGCUGAUCACCAAGCCGGCCGUGAUGACGCUGGCACACCACACGGCGCUGAUCGAGGCGGCACGGAAGCACGGCGUGUACGUGUACAUUGAGCACCACAAGCGAUACGACCCGGCGUACGCCGACGCCCGAUUUCGCGCGCAGAAGCUGGGCGAGUUCAACUAUUUCUACAGCUAUAUGUCGCAGCCCAAGUUCCAGCUCGAGACGUUCAAGGCCUGGGCCGGCGUCGACUCGGACAUCUCCUACUAUCUCAACAGCCACCACAUCGACGUCUGCGACUCCAUGGUAACACCGCUGGGCUACGUGCCCGUGGUCGUGACCGGUGCCGCUUCGACUGGCGUGGCCACGCAGCUCGGCUGUGCACCGCAGACCGAGGACACCAUCACGCUGCUGGUCCGCUGGCAGCACCGCGACGAUGCGACCAAGCAGGGCACGGCCGUGUACACGGCCUCGUGGACGGCGCCACAGCGUGCCGGCGUGCACUCCAACCAGUACUUCCACUACCUCGCGCGCGAUGGCGAGGUGCACGUCGACCAGGCCAAGCGUGGCUACGACGUGGCCGAAGACAGCGCUGGCCAGCUGGUCUGGUACAACCCAUUUUACAUGCGCUAUGCGCCCGACGAGGACGGCAACUUUGCCGGCCAGACCGGCUACGGCUACAUCUCCUUUGAGAAGUUUGUCGACGGAUGCCGCGCCGUCAACGACGGCACCGUCAAGCCGGCCGAUCUCGACGCCAAGGGCCUGCCCACGCUGGCCAACACUAUUGCCACCACGGCCAUCCUCGAGGCCGGCCGACGGAGCAUUGACGAGAAGCGGGAAGUGCGGAUCGAGUCGGACGGUGGUGUCUGGAAGUUGGUGUAG